ACGGAAAACCAUCUGGUGGCGCCGACUACUGCAGUGACGUAAAGCGUCUACUGGGCUGAUAACCAAUUGACCAUCAGCUGCGACUCUCUUAAUGUACCUGGUUUCCCUGCCUCCCAGAUCCUCUUGUUCUCUCUUUUCUCGAUCGUCUCAAUCCCGUUGUUACUCCCUAAAAAGAAGCAAUCAAUCCAGCUCAGCAAGUUGCACCCCGUCGUGAUCCGGUCGCAAAGAUGGAGGCCUCUCAGAAAAAGAUACGCCUCAUGCACUAUAUUGGCGAGUUUCUCAACCUCGACUUCUCCUCCUUCGAGAGCGUCGCAGAAUUCAUUGCCCUUAUCCAAGCGCUACGAGAAGGGCUGACGAAUAUCGACGAUUAUUUCGCCCUCCAGGACUUUGAAGUCAACGUCUUAUUCUUAUCCAAGCUGGAAACACAGCCCGAGUGGAAGGACUGGGCAUUGACCAUGCUGCGGGACAAGCGGGUAAACAGCACCGACCCGGCUCAGCAGAUGGCCUUUCAAGAACUCUCCCGCCAGGCGAUCAAGUACGAGAAAGCGAUGCUGCAAAAGGCAGAGCAGACCGGUGAGGGUCGGUCCUCGCCGGACUGGACGAAGCCACGCGCUCUGACACAAGAUGAAAUCAAUGAAUUUGUCACGGGGCAAAUGCACAAAGACAGGAAGGAACAGCAACCACUGAAAGGUCACACCAAAAGACCCAGCCAGGAAGAGAUCAACGAGUUCGUUGUCCAGCAGAUGCGCAAAGAACAGGAACGAAAGACGCGGUCCCGAGCCCGAAGUCAACCCGACAUGAGAAAAGCCGCCCAACAGAGAAAGGAGCAGAUCUGCUGCACUUUCUGCGGAGACCGCGAUCACCGUCUGGAGAGGUGCUGGCGACGAUGGAGAGUUGUCGCAGAGAUGCCACGCGCGAACUACACGCCGAAGAGAGUGGAAUUCAAGAGGGAGAUCCCCGGUCAACGGCCAAUAUACCAUGGCGGCUUUACUGUCGUGUAGACACUUAUCACCUAUCCUGCAAUUUUUUGGACAUGAGACACGGUCAAGACGUUUCUUCUUGUUUGCGGCAUUGAUUGAGCAUUCAGCAUGGCGUUUUGGAGGUGAUUAGGUUAUCGAUGGAGUCCUCUGAUAUGGAACUGGAAUUGGAACUUGGUUGGAUUAGAAGGUACUUGGCAAGAGAUAUACUACGUGAUGUAUGGUAUAAUCGU